GGACAAGCAUCUGUGACAUGAGUCACCGGAUAAACAACACUUCCUGGCCCUCUGGUCCGUAUAUAAAGCUUCCAGGGCCACGGGGGACAGUCGACUUCAGAAGCACCUUCUGUAGCCACACCAAACCUCACCCCUGCCGACAUGUGUUGCAACUAUUACGGGAACUCCUGCGGCUGCGGCUGCGGCUACGGCUGUGGCUACGGAGGCCUGGGCUGUGGCUGUGGCUGUGGCUACGGCUGCGGCUACGGAGGCCUGGGCUGUGGCUGUGGCUACGGAGGCCUGGGCUGCGGCUGUGGAGGCCUGGGCUGUGGCUAUGGCUGCGGCUACGGCUGUGGCUACGGAGGCCUGGGCUGCGGCUAUGGCUGUGGCUAUGGCUCUGGCUAUGGCUUGGGCUACGGCUAUGGCUGCUGUACCUUCCGACCCUUUUGCUACCGAAGAUGCUGCUCCUUUUGCUGGUAGGACGUCAUCCCACAGCACCUGUGGCUCUGACA